AAAGGUUGGGGUUUAAUUUCAUGUGAAAAUAUUAAUAAAGGUGAUUUUGUUAUGGAAUAUUGUGGUGAAGUAAUUAGUAAAACUACAUGUUUAAAUAGAAUGCAAGAAAAUGAAAAUGAAAAAUUUUUUUAUUUCCUUACAUUAAAUUCAAAAGAAUGUUUAGAUGCAAGUAGAAGAGGAAAUUUAGCAAGAUUUAUAAAUCAUAGUUGUGACCCAAAUUGUGAAACUCAAAAAUGGAUUGUAGGUGGUGAAGUUAAAAUUGGUAUUUUUUCAAUUAAACCAAUCGAAAAAGGAACAGAAUUAACAUUUGAUUAUAAUUAUGAAAGAUUUGGUGCAUCAAAACAGGAAUGUUAUUGUGGUUCAAAAAAUUGUCGUGGAUUUUUAGGUCAAAAAGCAAAAACUCCUAUCACCAACACUAGAAAACAAAAAACACCAAUUCGUUUCAAAACUUUAUAG